AUGGACACCCAAUUUAGCGCCCUCACUGAAUCAUUAAAGGGUGGCUUCCCAACCACAACAGUCAAGCAACCCGCUAAUUUGAGAUCUGUUGUCGAUCUCCUAUGCACUGAUCAAUUAGAAGCAUUACAGCCUGCGACACCUCAAGGCGAGAAACCAAGAGAAUGUCUGCACUUUUGUACAAGGUCUGGGAGCAUCAACAUGGCACUACCCUUAGCCAGAUUAUCCUCCCCGGGCAACGCUGGGAUAGUGCCUUUGGAACACACCCUGAGCUGCUGUGGAGAGCAGCGUGGCACUGUACGGACCUCAAAAUUACCACAACUUACCUCGUUCCUGCAUCCUAAUGGGGAAACAAAAAUCUUAUCUCUGGCCUCUUGUCGGGAAGGAGCGGGCGACUUCCGCGAUCAAGCUCCAGAGUUACUGCAUCUUCCUUCGCUUAUGGAUCCCUUGAGGCAGGGGCUGAGGGACAUGAGGCUGGCGGUUUCGUUUAUCAUCCCAGUUGGAGAUGCACUUGGCUCUUCUAAACGAAAGAUCCGAUCAGGACAUUUAUCACAAAAUGCAAUCACAUGUGACCCUGGAAAUAACACAGUAAGGGGUAGCUUUAAAAUAUUGUCAGGAGCAACAUACACCCCCAGCUUGCAAAACAGAAGCACAACAGACUUCAAAGUUCUUGCCUUUGAUGUUCAACAAAUGAUCAAUGAGAUCUUUCAAGACAGUCGCCAAAAAAAUGAAUAUAGAACAUCAGACAUUUUGGAAUUUAGAAAUGGCAGUGUCAUUGUGGAAUUCUUUCUUUAUUUUACACAACUGAUACCAACAGAAAAUAUACAAUCUGAACUAAUCCUUGGUAUUGAAGGAAAUAAGUCGGAACUAACAAAGACAUUUUUAAUAGAUCUUAACAGUGUAAUCAUCACAGUUACAAUGGAGACCUCCAGCGUCAAAGAAGGCUCUGCUGGCUCUUACAUCUUAGCGGAACUACAAAUCAUAUUUUUGCCAAGGCUAGAGAGACUCGUGCAUGCCUGUACUGACCUAUGCACAUUACUAUCGAAUGAGAACCAACCUGGUCCACAGGAGAAGCUAGCCAUUGUGCCCAUCACAAGAGCCGACUCCUUCAUGGAGGUUCAUGACAGCUUCAGAGCCCCACACCUACCGGUGAGUGGAACAGUCCUUCCAGCUAUAUAUCCAGUGGAGCCCAUCUUGGAACUAAGAUCCGGACCAGAGGAGAGCCUGCUGCCACCUCCCUUGCCCCGCGCACGGUGGAUUGCGCCCUCAGAACCUGACAUACAGGCGAUCUGGGAGACUAGCGCCAAAGAACCAGCUAAUUGCCUGGAGCACAGCUUACCGCUCUCCCGUAUGGCUUGUUGGACGACCACCUCGGCUCCAGCCGCAGAUCUUGGCUCAGGCUUUGGAAAAGAGGCCGCCUAUAACCCUGCAUACUCUGCCGCUACUCCUGUUGAGCCCAGUGCCGCUUCGCUUACCCCCACCACUGCAUAUGAGGUCAGGCAUGAGGGCUACAAACACGGACUAAAAAUCAAGAUCGCUACAUACCUAAGUAUCUGCCUGAGAGAUAAUGUGCCUAACACCAUGGAUGGACAAGAUGUCACAACAGAAAGACCUAUCACCACUGCAGCCAGUGAUUUUAAAAUGAUCAUGGACACGACCUUAGACAGACGCUCACCAAAGCUUAAACUCUGUGACCCCCAAACUACUCGGACUGCUAAACAAUUUAAUAACCUUAUUGCUCAAUAUAAUCUGUUUGAUGCUUGGCGAUCCCACCAUCCUUCCUCCAGAGAUUACUCUUACUAUUCCACAGUUCACAAUACAUAUACUAGAAUUGAUUACAUCUUCUGUGAGCCACGAUUGUUUGAUCAUAUUCAGCAGAUCGCUAUGCCCAGGUGCUCUUGGUCCGACCAUUCUCUUGUUCAGUUCUCUAUGAGGGCUCUGAAUUGCAUGUCUUCCAGGCCUUCUUGGAAACUACCAGAAUAUUUACUCUCAACCCCAGAGCAGGUUUCAUAUGUACAAAAGGAACUAGACGAAUUCCUAAAAAUAAAUGAUAACGGGUCUGUAGACGAUUUUUGUCUGUGGAACUCACUCAAAGCUUACACUAGGGGGCUGUUCUUCAAACUUAAAACAGAACAUAGAAAGCAAUCAGGAGGGACAUUAGCUCAGUUACACUUAACUCUUCGCUCCUUAACAGCCUCCCAUAUUACAUCACUAGACCCCCAGACUCUUUCACAAAUAGAAGGCACUAAAAUAAAGAUAGAGACCUUAGAAUUUAAACGAUAUCAGUCGCAGAUAUGCCAGUUUAAACAAACUUUCUAUGCCAAGGGAAAUAAGGUGGAUCGACUGCUAGCCAACAAACUUAGACAACGCACAGCGGAAGCUCGCAUCCCAUACAUAACAACACCACAAGGAACAGUACGUCUCCCAGCAGACAUAGCUCUGUCCGAUACCCAGAAAGAUCUUCUAGAUUCUCCUUUUUGCACUGAGAAGGUGAUCUCAGCCAUUAAAUCCUUGAAGUCCCAUAAAUCUCCUGGGUCAGAUGGAUAUGGUGUCCUUUUUUAUAAGACUUUUCUCCCACAGCUCUCCCCGUUGCUAACUAGAAUCUGUUUGCUGGCUAGGCAAUCUGGCUCUCUUCCCCCGGAAUUGUUGGAAGCAUUUAUUGUAACUAUUCCAAAACCAGAUGGACAAGAUGUCACAACAGAAAGACCUAUCACCACUGCAGAUGAUCUUUUACCUUCUGGCCUUUAUAUUCCAGUGAAAUGCCCACCCUAUAUGAACAUGUGUGCUGAUUCCUUCACUUGUAUACAUGAAGUCUUGUUUUGUGAUGGAGUAUCCCACUGUCCUGAUGGAUCUGACGAGCAAAUCAAUAUGUGUGAAUCACCUUGUGAUGGACAGUUUUUGUUGUCUAGUAAUUCAGGAACAUUUCAUUCCAAAAAUUACCCUCAGCCUUAUGAGUCAGACCUUUCCUGUCGCUGGAUAAUAAAUGCUACAAAUGGUUUCAACAUCAAAUUGACUUUUACUUCAUUUGAUACUGAACCUUAUACAGAUGCUUUAAAUAUUUAUGAAGGCAUUGGACCAGAUAAGAUUUUAAGAGCAACACUUUGGGGAACAAACCCUGGGACGGUGCGGAUAUUUUCAAAUCAAGCUACAGCAGAAUUUGUAACACAUUCUUCUAGCAAUUACAAUGGUUUUGAAGCAUUAUACACAGUUUUCACUGACAUCAAUAUUACCAAUGAAGAAAGAAUCAACUGUGACUUUGAAGAUGGGUUUUGUUACUGGAUUCAAGAUCUAAAUGAUGAUACAGAAUGGGAGAGGAUCAAUGGUCCAACUCAUCCCUCCCUAAGUGGACCAGAUGUUGACCACACAUUUGGCAACAUUUCAGGACAUUAUAUAUCAACACCAACUGGACCAGGAUUUAGUGAAACAGUUCGGCUUUUAAGCCUUCCUUUAAUUCUAACAACAGAACCCUCAUGUUUAAGUUUCUGGUACCACAUGUAUGGCGUACAUGUUUACCAGUUAAGUGUUCUUAUUUUAUUCGAAAAUAACACAGAAAUAACUGUAUUUCAAAAACAAGGAAAUUAUGGUCCGAACUGGAAUUAUGGACAGGUCACCCUAAAUGACACAUCUGGCAUUGUGGUUGCAUUUAAUGCUAUUAAAAACCCAGGUUUUAGUGACAUUGCACUAGACGACAUUGGCUUGGUUCCCAGAAGCUGUAAUGAAAGUGCUUUUCCUCAACCAACUCAUGUCCCUACAAUUCCUACAACACCUCUUCUUCCCUCUGACUGUGGUGGCCCUGUUGAACUCUGGGAACCAAACAAUACAUUCAGCUCCCUAAAUUAUCCUCAGAAUUACCCAAAUCUUGCUUCAUGUGUAUGGUAUCUCAACGCUGCUAUAGGAAAGAAUAUUCAACUUCAUUUUCAAGAUUUUAAACUAGAAAAUAUAUAUGACGUUGUAGAAGUUAGAGAUGGUAAAGGAUCAAAUUCUUUGCUAUUGGCUGUUUAUACAGGAUCAAACCCUGUGAACGAUGUUUUCUCUACAACCAACCAUAUGACAGUAUACUUUACAUCUGACAAAUCUCAAGCAGCUCGUGGGUUUCUGGCCAACUUCACAACGGGCUAUCACCUUGGCAUUCCAGAGCCAUGCAACUUAACAUUAUUUCAAUGUGGAAGCGGAGAGUGCUUACCUUUAAUUAAUGUGUGUGAUAGACAACGGGAUUGUGAAGAUGGCUCAGAUGAAACAAACUGCGUACGUCUCUUCAACAGUAGUACUAAUGGGCUGGUUCAGUUCAGGGUACAAGAUGAAUGGUUCACUGCCUGUGCAGAUCACUGGUUUGAAGAAGUGUCUAAUGACAUAUGUCAUCAGUUAGGACUCGGGAAUGUGAAUACAACGUCAACUGUUUUAUCAGAUGGGAAUGGGCCAUUUGUCAAAUUAAUACCAGCAGAAAAUGGUAGCCUUAUUCUCCUUCCAAGUGAUCAGUGCACCAACCAAUCUGUUAUUCACAUUCAGUGUAACCCCAAGGAAUGUGGAAAGCAAUUGUUAGAUAAGAAAAACAGUUCAAAAAUAGUUGGUGGAACAGAUGCUGAAAUGGGAGCAUGGCCAUGGGUGGUCUCCCUCUAUUACAAUGGAAGACAGACAUGUGGGGCCUCUCUAAUCAACAAUGAGUGGUUGGUAUCUGCAGCUCAUUGUGUAUAUGGACGAAACUUAAUACCAUCUCUCUGGGAAGCCAUACUUGGUCUGCAUACCAAUUUGAAUCUGACCUAUCCACAAACAGUAAUCCGGUUGAUUGAUCAAAUUGUCAUAAGCCCACACUAUAACAGAAGAACUAAAGACAGUGACAUUGCAAUGAUGCAUCUACAAUUCAAAGUCAAUUUUACAGAUUACAUACAACCUAUAUGCUUACCAGAGAAUGAUCAAGUUUUCUCACCAGGAAUUAACUGCUCUAUUGCUGGAUGGGGGAGAACACAAAGUCAAGGUCCUAUUCCAAAUGUAUUACAAGAAGCCGAAAUUCCUCUUUUAACCAAUGAGAGAUGCCAGCAACAAAUGCCUGAAUACAACAUUACUGAAAAUAUGCUCUGUGGGGGUUAUGAGCAAGGAGGAAUUGACACAUGUCAGGGAGAUUCCGGAGGCCCAAUGAUGUGCUAUGAUAAUCAGAGAUGGAUUUUAGCUGGUGUGACGUCAUUUGGUUAUGGGUGUGCGCAACCAAACCGUCCUGGAGUUUAUGUUCGUGUCACAAAGUUUGCUGACUGGAUUCAAACUUUCAAUAGUUUAAAAGCCAACUAA